AACUGACACAUAUAUAAACUGUUUGAAUAUUUGAAGUGGCGGGAUAGCUCAUAGACCGACAGACAGAGAUGAUCGCUCCGAUGAGCCAAACCCUAGACGAUAACGACCUCGACGACGAAGCUCUUUGGGCCGUAAUCGACUCUGCCGCCGCUGUAUCCGCUGCCAAACCACAAAACAACCACCAUCAAUCCCCCAAAAUCAGCUUCCCGCUCAUCUCAAAUUCACCAUCACCACAAUCCACCAUCACCGCAAACCCUAGAAAACAGUCAACGGUCAACGUAGAGGAAAGCUUCACCGAUCAACGGCGAAAGAAGAUCGCUAGGGUUGGUCGAUCCGACUCAAUUGGCUGUCCUUCUCCUCCGCUUGCUAUGGUGAAGCACGUGCCCCGCACGCCGACUUCUUCUUCGUCUUAUUGUUCGGAUUAUCAGAUUCAGAGUCCGGUGGAUUUUAAAUCAGACGAUUGUUCGGUGACGACGCAAUUGCAUAGCUUGGCUGGCCGCUUUCCGACUGUUGAUAUUUUCAAAGAGUAUCAGAAUACUGCUAUGGCGAUUCUAGAGAAGGGUGACUAUACCAUGAUUUGUGGGAACCCGUUUAUCAAAAAGUCAGGUUGGAGAAAGAUAUCAUUGUAUUUCAACAUCUCUUAUGAAAUUAAAGAUAAGACUAUAGAAUUUGAUGAUAAUCGUAAUGUUCAGCGUGCAGAAUUCAUUGUCCGUGCACAUAUGCAAGGGGGUAGAUUCUCUGAUGGAUGGGGCUCAUGUGACAGACGUGAGAAGAAAUUUUCAAAACCAAAUCAUGAUAUUCCUAGCACCGCUGAAACCAGAGCAAAAAAUAAAGCAUGCCAGGACCUUCUAGGUAUAGGAGAGUAUCGCCCUGGUCUAAACGCUCAGAGAUAAUAAAGAGAGGAAGCUCAUACUGUGUUGCAAAAGCCCACCUGUGUAUAACGUGACUUCAAUUUGGGGAUUGGUCGGUCCGGUAACUGUAAAUUGACUCAAAAACGCCUAUGCCAAAUCAUGAUGCCAUAAUAUAUGGCUAUGGUCUUUACAUAUAGUGGCAGCUUACACGCAUGAUUGUGAAAAUCUUUUAAAAUUUAAAGAAAGCUCUUCAGCCUCGAGGUGUAAAUAGUGAGAAAUUGCACCACUAUGUGAAGGAAGACAUUCUUUGACUGAAACAAUAAAGUGCCUAAGUAUCAAAGUACAGUGUGAGCAUUUUAAACAACCAAUCAAAAUAGUUUUGGGUCAAAACGGGUAAUUAUAAGCAAAAGGAGUCGCAUUAGGAUAACAUGUCUAACACUUAUUUAUCUUUUUUCUUAUAACUUCCAUGGAUAAUUAAUGUAACGAUUACAGGAACCCAUAUCAUAAAACAUGAGUGGUUUUGGAGAAAAUUCUUGAUAGGAAGUGCAUGAAG